AUGGGCAACUACCGCAGUGAGUAUCCUCGCGAGUGCGCUGAUGCAGACAACACGUAUCUCGGGUAUGCGCUCGAAGCGGCCGCGGAGACGCGCACGGUGCCGUGGGCGCAGCGCCCGAACCGCGCAUAUAUCCUCGGCAAGCGCGUGCAGUACUUCUACAAGUGGCGGGAGGAGCCGUUCAUCCCCGCCGAGUAUAUAACGCGCGCGUACCAUGAGAUGCGGAAGGAGAUCCCCGACUUUGAGUUCGUCGGCGGGUUCAUCGACGACCGCACGCCCGAGGAGAAGGAGACGCUCGGCGAGUGGAAGGUGCCCGAAGGCGUGCGGCAGCUGGGCAAGAUGAACGCGAGCGAGUUCGACGACGCCGUGGCCAACUCCAAGGCCAUGGUCGGCCUCGGGUGGCCGGCGACGUCGCCGUCGCCGUAUCGCGCAAUUGCACGGGGGGUUCCGUUCUUGAAUCCGCACACGAUGCACCUGCACUCGAAAGCCGACGACCCCGCGUCCUGGGCCUUCGUGCAACACGACUCGCUGCGGUACGAGCAGCCUCCCCACGUCUACAACACCGAAGCGAACAACUACGAGGGCUUCAUCGCCGCCCUCCGGGCAGCCAUGACGACGCCCGCCGAGCCCUACAUCCUCCCGCGAUUACAGCGGGACGCGCUGGACCGGCGCAUGCGCGACUUCGUGCACCACGACUGGCGGGCCGAGGCCGCGCGCGUGCUCGCGAACCGCAAGAACGGGGAGGAGAGCGAGUUGGGCACCGACCUCGGCAUGUUCGAGCUGUAG